AUGGAGGAUGACAAUGUGAAUCAAGGAACUCACCCUCAAGUUAAUCAAGCUCAGAUUGAUCAUUCGGCUAUGUUGAAUUUGGAGGCUAGGUCGGCUUUUCAAAUGUUGUCUCAAGCUUUGACGACUCAAGCUCAAGAUAUGACAGCUCAAGCCAAUAGAGUGGUUGUAGCUCCGUUGAAUCCUGAUUUGUAUUCGGCGGCUUCAAGAUAUGCUUCAACUAUGGUGGCAGAUUUGAGGGAUGAGAUCAGUAGGUUUUUGACGGGUGUGUCCGACUUGGUAGUAAAAGAAUUUUGUUCGGCAACUCUCUAUCAUGAUAUGGAUAUCUCACGUAUUAUGGUGUAUUCCCGACAAUUAGAGGAAGAGAAACUCAAGAAAAAGAAUAGGGAGGUGAAAAGAGCUAGGACCGGUGAUAGGAACUUCUCCAAUGCUAAGUCCGACGGGCAAGAUCGACCAAGUGGUUCUUAUGUGGCUAGGCCUAAUUGUGAAAAAUGUGGAAGGAAACAUGAUGGUAAGUGUCUAGUUUGUGUGGAUUAUUGUUAUGGUUGUGGAAAGAGUGGCCACAAGAUGAGAGAUUGCCCGAUGCUCACGGCCAAGGGAAGAGAAGGCAAGCAAGCUCCUCCUAGCGGUUCAAACUCCAAUGCCCCAAAGCAAAACUGCUUUUAUGCUCUUCAAUCCUGA